AUAACCGGGCAGACCAAAGUGUCUGCAAAGGCCCUCAUGACUUACUUCAAGCCCCUCUUGGACUGGCUGGUCACUGAGAAUGUGCGGCAGGGGGAGAUCCUGGGCUGGCCAGACUUCAGCUGUACCUUUGAAGAAAAAGACACAGACAAGGUGACAUUUCUGAGUCUGGAGCUGGACGCUGACCAGGCCAAAUUUGGGCAGUGGGUGCUGCUGGCCCUCAGCUUUGUCAUGUUCCUGGUGGCCUACUGCUGGCCUGCAGGCUGUACUCCCUGGAAAAAAGGCCAUUGUCCCAGAACACCAAGGCACAGAACACCGGUUCACAGGACUCCAGUGCACUCAAGACACAGCCCAGGGCCUACUUCCUGGGGAUAGCCAUGGAGCCCUGCCU